AUGGACGAGGAAGAAGCCGCGGAAAGGAUGCCUCCAGCCGGCGUCCGACCCCGGAAUCGCCCGCCGCAAGUGAUGCUGAACCAGAAAAAGAUCAAAGCGAGACGGAAAAAGCGAAAGGAGUUGGUUUUGAUCCAAAUAUGCUUGAUGGGAGGGAUGCUUCUCUUCGUCAAGGGGUUCUCCUACCUAGCAGAAAAUUCAGGUUAUGACACAUCCAGCUCCACCACGUAUGAUGAUGAGCGAUGGGGAGGCAGGAAGCUACUGCAGGAGGUGGACACAUUGGACAGUAAUAGCAGCAUGGAAGAGGACGAGGAAAAGAAAAACUGCACCGAGCCAGGUAAGAGAGAAAGAAGGAAGAAAGAGAGCACCCCUAACUCGAAAUCUCUGUCUCUUCCAGCUUUGCACGAGUUCCCUACAGAUCUGUUUACCCACAGGGAGAGGACAGAAGGAGCUGUGGCCCUACACGUCCUGUGUGCCAUGUAUAUGUUCAUUGCCCUGGCCUUGGUUUGUGACGAUUACUUUGUCCCUUCGCUGGAGAAGAUAUGUGAGCGUCUUCAUCUCAGUGAGGAUGUAGCAGGGGCAACCUUUAUGGCAGCUGGAAGCUCCGCCCCUGAACUCUUCACCUCUGUAAUAGGGGUCUUCAUCACUAAAGGAGAUGUGGGUGUGGGGACCAUUGUGGGGUCAGCAGUCUUCAACAUCCUCUGCAUCAUCGGAGUGUGUGGAAUCUUUGCUGGCCAGGCUGUGAAGCUCUCCCAUUGGACACUACUCAGAGACUCCGCCUACUACACGCUCUCUAUCGCAGCCCUCAUUGCAUUUAUCUACGACGGGGAGGUUACAUGGUGGGAGUCUCUAGUCCUGAACGUGAUGUACCUCUUCUACAUUCUAAUCAUGAAGUUUAACGGCAGAGCGAGGCGCUACUUUGACCGGCGGAAGAAGAGCUCCGUGAGUCUGGCCAACGGUCUGACGGGCAGCACUGACCUGGAGGACAAUGUCACCUGUGACGCCACCGCCGUCCUGCUCAAGAAAGCUAACUUCCAGUGUAAGCCCAGUGUGCUGAUGGUGGAUGAGCUACUGUCAGCCUACCCCCACCAGCUGUCCUUCUCUGAGGCUGGCAUGAGGAUCAUGAUCACCAGUCACUUCUCCCCCAGGACACGAUUAGCCAUGGCUUCACGCAUGCUCAUCAAUGAGAGACAGAGGGUGAUCAACACCAGUGAGACCAGGGUCAACCAACACAUCACCAAUGGAGACUCAGACUCUGCAGCUGCCAGGGCUCCGGAGAGGCGGGGUCUGGAGAACGGCAGGACGGGCGGGGCCGAGAGAGGGCUGAACGGGAGAUGCCUUGGUCAGGGGGUCCUGGAGUCGGGGAAUGAGACGGAAAACGAGAACGAGGAUAAUGAGAAUAAUGAGAAUGACGGAGGAGAGGAGGAAGAGGACGAGAACGAAGGACCUCUGGUCCCUCACAGACCACCAGCGGGUGUGUGUAACAAGAUGAAGUGGCUGCUGUGCUGGCCUCUGUGCUUGCUCCUCUUCUUCACCAUCCCGAACUGUGCCAAGCCACGCUGGGAGAGAUGGUUCAUGGUCUCCUUCGUCACCUCAACCAUGUGGAUAGCUGGCUUCUCCUACAUUAUGGUCUGGAUGGUGACUGUGAUUGGGUACACGCUUGGCAUCCCUGAUGUCAUCAUGGGCAUCACGUUCCUGGCGGCGGGGACUAGUGUUCCAGACUGCAUGGCCAGCCUCAUCGUGGCACGCCAAGGUCUGGGAGACAUGGCCAUCUCUAACUCUAUUGGCAGCAAUGUGUUUGAUAUUCUGGUGGGCCUUGGCCUGCCCUGGCUUUUACAGACCCUCUGCAUUGACUAUGGAUCAACUAUCUCUCUGAACAGUAGAGGAUUGAUCUUCUCUGUUGCGCUGCUCUUGGCCUCAGUGUUCCUCACAGUGCUGGGCGUCCACUUAAACAAAUGGACUCUGGACCGUCGACUGGGUCUGACCUGUCUCCUCAUGUACGCCGUCUUCGUCUGUUUCUCCGUCCUCAUCGAGUUCAACGUCUUCAUCUUCGUCAACCUGCCCAUGUGCCGCGAGAUCCUCUGAUCCUCGUGCUCUUCCUCCUCCUCUUCCUCCUGCUUUCGCUCCCAGAGGAUGUCUUUGCCACAGGUCUUUGCUCCCUGUCUGCUCUCCCCACCCUCGAGUGGAUUUUUAUCUUGAAAUAAUAGUUGUUUAAUUUAUCUUUGGUGCAAUACAAGCGAAAGAUGAACGGAGAUUUGCGUUCGUCUGGUUUUGGCUGGAGAAGAGAAGACGUAAGAGGAAGUCCCAUUGGAACAUGAUGAGGUCAAAGGUCAACCGAACAGGAAGUAGUAGUGACUGCUUCCUGUUAGCUUUCUGUUGCCAGGUAAACUGAAGACAUUGGUUUGGAUAAACUAAACUUUAUUAUCAUCGACGUCGAUGUAUAAGCUGCUAACUGACUAAGAGAAAAUGAUUGGCUAAUGGCGAUUGAUAGCCAAUAGGAUUGUGUUAUUUUCUUACUCUUUGUACAUGUUUGGAUAUAAAUAUUAUACAUAUUGUUUAAGGUGUUUUAAGUUCAGAUGGAUGUGCGACAGGAUUCCAUGUGUGCUGGCUGUAAAUAUUUUAAGAGAAUAUUGACAUGGGGAAGUUUAUUGACAUAUCGCUCUCACUUAGACUGGUCCGGUUCUUCAACCGUUCGGUGAAGCGGCAAGAAUCAAAGAAGAGGAGGAGGAUAUUUUUGUUUCAGCUGAGUGCACUGUAGUGACUUGACCAAACAGUGAUGCUCUCAUGCCAGCCAUUUCUUCUCGCAAAGUGUAAGAUAGCAUGGCAUGCUAAUCGCGAGUCUAUUCCUUUAGCUUUGUGCUGUCAGGGAGAGUUCAUAUUAUUCUCUUAUAUUUGCAGUAAGAAAUAUUUAUGUACAGUACAGUUUCUCUUGAGUUAUUUAGUCUCCAAAUAUAUCCAAAUAUAUG